AUGACGGAAGUCAUCCCUGUGACCGAGUUCCCGGACUAUGCCACCGACCCAACGGGAGGCAACCCAAUCACCCAUGACCUCAAUGCGCCUUAUGACAAGGGUGACCUCUGCUGGGUGCUGGUAUGCACAAUCCUGUGCUGGCAGAUUACGCCGGCCAUCGGCUUUCUCUACGCCGGAAUGCAUCGUAGGAAAUCCGCCAUGACGAUGGUUCUCCAAUCACUCUUCUGUGCAUGCGCCUGUGGCCUACAAUACUGGAUCUACGGUGCAUCGCUGUACCAGUCACGCACGACGAACCCUAUCCUCGGCGACCUGUCCCACGCCGCAUUCCACAACCUCCUGGCUUCUCCUUCGUUUGCCAACAGUGAUAUCCCAGACAUCUUGUAUGCUGCCUUUGGCUUCACCUUUGUUACAGCUACGGCAAUGAUCCUGGCCGGUGCCAUGCUCGAGCGCGGCCGUCUCUGGCCCAGCAUGCUUUUCCUCCUCUGCUGGAACACGUUCGUCUACUACAUCUUGGCAUAUUGGGAGUGGAACCCUAGCGCCCUUUCCUGGUCCAUGAUGUUGGGUCCCCGCAUCGACGACAGCAGCACGUCCACGAAGAAGAGGCACGUCCCACAGUUUAGGGGCCACAACCCUUUGCUGAUGACUCUGGGUACCGUUCUCAUCUGGUUUGGAUGGUUUGCCUUCAACGGAGCUAGCACGGCUAACCUUAGCUUGCGGUCCAUCUAUGUCGUUGUGAACACCAACUUUGCUGCUUGUGGUGGUGGAGUUACGUGGGCCUUGUUGGACUACAUGUACAUGAAGAAGUUCAGCUUGGUUGGCUUCUGCUCGGGUAUCAUCUCCGGUCUUGUCGGUAUCACCCCGGCAGCUGGCUUCGUUCUUGUCUACGUCUCACCUCUUGUCGGAAUUAUCACAGCCAUCUGCUGUUUCUACACCGUUCGAUACCAGUAUAUCCUCCGCGUCGACGACGGUCUCGAUAUCUUUGCCAUUCACGGUGUCGGUGGAUACGUUGGUGAUAUUCUGACUGGUCUUUUUGCCCACAAGAUGGUCCCUGCUCUCGACGGAGUUAGCGGCGACUCGUAUGAGGGCGGCUGGUGGAAUGGGAACUUCAGACAGCUUGGUCUACAGUUGGCAGGCGCGACGACUUGCGCUGCCUGGUCGUUCUUUGUCUCCUGCAUCUUGUUGUUCCUCAUAAAUAAGAUUCCGGGCAUGCAUCUGCGCGCUACUGAGGAAGACGAGUUGCGAGGUCUUGAUUAUGCGUACAUUGAGGAUAUUGUCUCGGACUACGAUGAUGGCAAUAUGCUGAUCCACAAUGGCCAGGUGGUGGAGACGCCGACUCCGGCGAGCUUUUCGAAAAGCUCAUAG